GCAGAGAUAUCGAAUAUUUCAUAUAAGAUAGUAACUCGACAAAGUACAACGAAGACCAAGGCGUGGUUUAUUCGAUGAUAAAACAUUGUUCUAUCAUGACGUCGUUUCUGUACAUUCGAAAAAGCGCACGCGACCUGAUGACGUAAAUUCUAGAGGGUAGUGAGUUGUUCCCUUUAGAUGCAGCUGGGCAACGCAAAUAAACGCAAUGGCCGAACGAUCGCACCCAGCAGUGGGCGAGAUAUGGCAAUCGGUUUGGGGAGAAAAGGAACAGAUAAUCAACGAGAAAAUUGAGAAUAUUCAUGAAAUACCAAAGUAAGCUCCCCUGUUCGUAAAUUGGACUUGUGAUCGGAUUGUAUUCAGGGACUCAUCAUUAUUUCAAUACGGGCAUUCGGACCGCUAAUCGUCACACGGGUUUUGCAUCAGUAACAGAGUGGAACGUUUUGUUAUUCUUGUGGAUGCUAGACACAGAAACAACGCCACGAUGAAUCGCCAGGAACACACAGUUCUUUGUCUUUCGAGUGUCUUUGUCAACCUCCUCAUCUUCCUUACGUGGACAGUGACAGCAUUCAUUUGUCAUCAAUCGGCCGCCAUGUAUCUCCGUCUGUCCCCUGGCCCUGUACCUGGCGUCCUCACUGUCUCAAUGAUUCAAGUGAUUGUAUGCGUCAGUGUGUUCAAGGUUCGGCUGAAAACAGCGUCUCACGACAGCACUCACUCACUCCUGGUUGUAUGUUAUCACGUGGUAGCAACAUUUCUAACCAAUGACAGCCUUGCACUCAUUCCAGCAUCAUCAGCUUUCGCCAUCAGAAUGCUAGAGCCAAUCACAAGCGCCGUCAUUCAGUGUGCAAUACAGCAAUACCGUCCAGAUUCGACUAUGAUUGUCAGCUUAGUCACCGUUGGACUAGGUGGUUUAAUGUUCAUUGUUGACCCCCUUCAAGAUGGCGUGCAAUUUGGAGCUGUGUUAAUCGUACUGAUGUCAAAUGUCGCACUAGGAUUCAGAAACAUAUUCCUGAAGAACGGUUUUAUCCAAGGUUGCAUAAUAAUUCCACGGAGUUCGAAACGUACAGCGACAGUAAUUGUUGUCACAGUGCUUUGUGUUGGUAUAUCAAUGCUCAUUUGCCAUCAGGAUGUUUUACUAAAACCACUUCUCUUAACUACAACUGCCAUCUCUCACUCUCUGUAUUCCUACUUGUCCGUUGCCAUGGUGCUGAAGAGAGUCUCUGUUGUAUCCCACGCCGUCAUCAACAUCUUCAAACGUGUUACCGUCGUGUUGUUGCUGUGUGUGGCUGGACAAAGACAUGUGACAACAUUCAACCUGAUAGGUCUGGCAACAGCAUCCCUGGGCCUAGCUGUGUAUUCCUUCAGAGGGAGAGCUCAGGAUAUCACAGGCAAAAACAUAAAGUUCGCUUGUCAACAAAACCUUACCUAUGUGGUUACAGUAGUGACAUGUCUUUUGUUGAUCGUCCAAGUUGGAACCCCUUUGUCUCCAACAAUUCUGGUUGAUGGGUCAAUAAACAAUGCACAUGUGCGAAAUGAGGCCAGCGCGUUUGACGUGUUUCAACAUUGGAUUACCUCCCGAGUAAAUGUCGUACAGAAUACCCCGCUGGAAUCAAAGGGGACACAACAACAUACUCUACUUACAAACCGACUUCAUAUCGGUAACGCUAGCGAUAACAGACGCCAUUUGCAUGUCUCCAAUUGGAACUCGAUUCAACUGGAUAUGGAUUGGAACAGCAAUAUUUACAAACAUGUUUCAUCAAUGUCAACAUUCGAGGACGUCAUAAGAAAGAGUCGAGAUAUUCAAAUAGACUUAUUUCGUCGUCUCAUUGGGCGCUAUGAUUACGUUGUGUUGACCGAUCUGGCAGUACAUGAGAAUAAAGGGGAUGCCUCUAUCAGUGCUGGGGAGCUGCUUCUGAUGAAGGAGCUCGGUAAAGAAGUCAUCUUCUACUGCAGCACAUAUGCUUGUAGUGAUAUGAACCUAAUGGCUGGAAGAGGCAAGGCUAUACUGUACGGCGUCCAGAAUGUUGCUGUGUUAUGCCACGGCGGAGGGAAUAUGAUCGCCUAUAAAGAAUCGGAUGUCCUGAGGGGUAGAGUGUUUGAAAUAUUUCAUGGUUUUGAUAUAUUUGUAAUGCCACAGAGUAUAUGGAUUAAUCCGAGACAUCUUGACAGAACUCACAUCGGCGACACUGAGAAGGUGUAUGCGAGACACCCUAACGUGACACUGCUUUUGAGGGACGUUGUCUCGUUGAGACUUGCUGCGAAGCAUUUCCCACGAACUAGGCGCCUUCUUGUGCCGGAUUCUGCUUUUCAGAUUGGAUCAGUGGCCAGAUACCUGCAGCCUUCCUAUGACAUUCUGUGGAUGGCACGUAAUGACAUAGAGUCCGCUCAUUACAGAAUUCCCGAAUUCCCAUCAAACGUAUCAGUCACAGUCGGAGACUGGAGAACGUGGAUGACAGCUAAAGGGUCGAAAUCCACCGAAAAUAUGUUCCUUGUUGCUGUGAAUGGAUUCACGUUUCUUCAGCGCGGUCGGGUAGUGGUCACUGAUCGUCUGCAUGGACACAUCAUGUCCACUCUCCUGCACGUGCCUCACGUGUUGCUGGACACUGUUGAUGGGAAGGUGGCUAAGUACCACAACACGUGGACACGUGGCCUUGAAGGGAAGACGGUGUUAACAGCAACGUCAGCAAUCGAUGCCCUGCACAAAGCCAUGUGUCUGCUUAAAAAGUUUGCAAAUGUUUUGCCAGCGAUUGACCCAAUCAUGAAUGUAAAGGAAACAAUCGUUAAGAUAAAAUAA